GCGAGCGAAAGAGAAGACGAGCGAAACGAAGCGCACGAGAGCCGAAAGCACUCGCCGCCCCGGAGAGAUUCGCGCGCCUCCGCUUCACCACCCCGAACAAGUACUUCGUCGUCGUCGUCUACGCGUCGCAGCCAGCCGCCGUGCCGCGCGGGCUAAUGCGCGGCCAUGGGACGGCAAGGGAAUAAGGCGACGAACGAUUUCCUCUCGCUCUACGCCGCCCCCGCCGCCACUGCCACGGGCUACUCGCCGCCGCUGCCGCGCCUCUCGGACUCCAAGCCGCCGGCGCCGGCGCCGCCCGCUCAAGGUUUCUUCCUCAAGACGCACGACUUCCUGCCGAAGGUCGAGAACAGAGCCGACCAGUCGCCGCCGGCUCAUGCCGCGGCCACCGCCGAGAAGCAGCUGCGCCACCAGCACGCGAGCGGCAUCGCUGCGUUCACCAUCAGCCACGCCCACGCGGCCGCCGCCACCGCCGCCGUCAAGCAGGAGCCGCCCUUCGCGCCGUGGUGCCAGCCCGUCGCCGCCGUAGAUCCCCGAGGUCACCAGUGGUCGCUCCCCUUCCCCGCGCGCGCCGUCGCCGUCGCCUCCUCCAGGCAGCAGCAGCAGCAGCCGCCGCCGGAGCGAAAGUGUGGCGGUGGACUCAUGGACGCCGGUUCCAGAUCCAGUGGCGGCGCGGGCUUCGACGACGACGACGGCCUUGCCGCGCGCCGCGAGGUUUCCUCAUCGCUGAAAGAGCUCGCGGUUAGGGUGGAAGGGAAGGGUGGGAGCUGCAGUGGCAGCGCUGGCACGGAUCAACUACCGAAUACGCCACGCUCGAAGCACUCCGCCACCGAGCAGCGGCGGCGCAGCAAAAUCAACGACAGAUUUCAACUACUUAGAGAGUUAUUGCCUCAUAAUGAUCAAAAGAGAGACAAAGCAUCAUUUCUGUUAGAGGUUAUUGAAUACAUUCGGUUUUUACAAGAGAAAGUUCAAAAGUAUGAGGUUUCAUAUCCAGAGUGGAACCAAGAAAAUGCAAAGAUUGUGCCAUGGACAAACAUCUAUUUCCGUUCUUCCUGGAAAAAUGCGCAGAACAAAAGCCAAAUUCCUGCAGAUACUUCACCUGAACCUCCAGAACAUCUAAAAAACGGUUCCUCGUAUAUAUUCCCUUUUACAGGGAACUCUGAUAAUAACAAUGCAGUUCAAACGGCAGCUGCUUCAGGUGCACAGGAUCAGGCAGAAACUGAUCCCAUGAGUCGCAUGCCUUACAGAUCAGCUGAUACUCCCAGUCCCAAUAAUGUCGCAGAGAAAGUUACAUCUCAGUCGCAAGUUCAACUGGUGAGACCAUCACCUGCAGAGAACAACGUGGGAAAUGGCAACAUGUUAAAUAACUCUGGCCUUGCAAUCGAUGAAGGAACAAUCAGCCUGUCAAGCCAAUAUUCCCAAGAGUUGCUUAACAAGUUGAAUCAUGCCUUGGAAAACUCAGGUAUAGAUUUGUCCCAAGCCAGUAUCUCAGUGCAGAUAAAUCUUGGCAAGAGGGCAUCUACUCCUGCUGCAACCUCCACUUCUAAGGAGCACACUGAUCCAGCCUGUAAUAGUCAAGCAAUGGGGCAUCAACUUAGGUUGGGCGAUGGCGCUGAAGAACACCUACAACUACAAGCCUCAAAGCGACACAAAUCAGAUAACAGCUGAUGGUUACUACUAAAAACCCUGAGAAUUCAACCAUUUUUUGCUCCUGCCCACUUACGGGGAGCCCCAAUGUUUGUAUAUUAUGUUUCCGUGAUAUCUCGAGAAAACAAGGCCUUGGUGUAUUCUUUCAUUUAAUCACUUCGCCAUUCUAGUUCUCUAGGGAAGAAAGGAAGCUUCCAUUGCAGAUUGUGAAGCUGCUUUUGUCCAUAUGCUUCCAUUCAUAUGAGAAGUUUCUCCCUCUGACAGAGUUCUCUUUUGUAACAUAAUUCAAAAAUGAACUAUUCAUAGUUCCAUCA